UUGAUUUUCAUACAAAUUUAAAUGGUAAAUCAGUUGUAUACAAAGAUAUUUCGUUUAAACUAAAAAAAUUAAAAAAUUGUGUAAAAUAUAUGAGCAAAAAUGGCAGACAACAACAUCGAAGCUUCUUUAAUGACUAAUGCGCCUUCAACCAGCAAUUUAGAGUACAAAUUCUCAGAUAGAGUUUUGGCACAAAUACGCGAAUGUCGCAACAACAAUCAAUACAUUGAUGUGGUUUUCACUGUGGGCGAACGCCAGAAGCGCAUACCGGCGCAUCGUCUUAUACUAGCGGCGUCAAGUAGCUAUUUUCAAGAGCUCUUUACCACGGAAGCGGAAACCAGUGAAAUCUCGUUGAAACAUAUCGAUGCCAACAGCUUUGAAACCUUAAUAAAUUAUUGUUACACCGGCAGCUUAUCGCUCGAUGAGCGCGCAGCACGCAAACUGGUGGUCGCGGCAAAAAUUUUGCAAUUCAAUGAAGUUGUGCGCUAUUGCAGCCGUUUUAUAGUGAAUAAAUUGAGUUAUGCUAACCUACUGGAUGUCAUUUCCUUCGCUGAUGAUCACGGUUGUAAAGAUUUGCGUGCUAAGGCAUUCGGCUUUGCGAUGGAACAUUUCAAAGAGGUACUUACAAACGGAGAACUGUUGCGCUUUAGCCCCGCGCUCAUGGAGGAGUUGGUGGAGAGCGAUGAAUUGAAUGUGUACAGUGAAUCAGAUGUUUUUGAUGCCAUCAUGCGUUGGUAUAAAUAUGAUGAAGAAAAUCGACGCCCCUACUUAAUAAAUUUGCUUUCAUUGCUGCGCAUCACACAAUUAGAGCCAGCCUUUGUUUUCAAGCACAUCAAACCAAUACCGGGUAGUGACCGUUUAAUAUUAGAUGCAUUGGAUUGGUUUCAUGUGCCCGAAACGCGUUGGCAAACUAAAUUGAAGUACACCAAGCCACGCAACUCACGCAAUUGUCUCAUGGCUGUGGAGGUUAAUAUCAUGGAUGAAAGCAAGCGCUUUCUGCGUUACGAUCCUAUAGCAGAUUCUUGGGCGCGCUGUGGUCAAGUUUUAGGCGAGAAAACCGAUUACGGCACAAUAUUCGUGAAGAAUUCGCUCGUCUUCAUCGGCAAUAAAUAUAUAGUGCGUUUCGAUUUGGAAAAACAACAGUGGGAGACACCACAACCGGUACGCAAGCGACGUGAAUUGAUUUGUGUGGCUGUGUUGCAAGAUAAUAUAUAUUUAAUUGGCGGAUAUUGCAAGAUGACCAAAAACACAGUCGAAAUGUUCGAUUUGCGCACAGGCGAUUGGCUGCGUGUAGCACCGAUGUUAGAAGGCCGAUACUGUGCAAAGGCGGUGGUGCUCGACGAGCGCAUCUAUGUUAUGGGCGGGUCAGAGAACGAAUGCGCGCUCAACUCAGUCGAGUGUUACGAACCGAUGUUGGAUACAUGGGAAGCACGCGCCUGUAUGAUAGAAGCGCGUGCUUCUCCCGGUGCCGCCGUCGCUCAUGGCUACAUUUAUGUUUUGGGUGGUUACAAUGAUUCACCACUGGACACAGUCGAGCGAUUUAAUCCUGUUAAAAAUGAGUGGAUUAAAGUUUGUUCGCUGACAACGGCACGUAGUCGUAUUAGUGCGGUCGUAUUCAAUUAUCAUCUACUGGCUUUGGGUGGCACAAAAAAUGGCGAAGGAGUAAACUGCGUAGAGGAAUAUAAUGUGGACGCAGAUAAGUGGGUGUUGAAGGCACCUAUGCCCAACGGUGCGGCCUAUAGUUCCUUUGUAGUGCCGACACAUUUGGCGGAUCAAUUGCAAACCUUUUUGGCCGAUGUAAGUCAACCCGCACAUUAAACAGACGUUUUAAACCACUACAACAGUAAAUAUUUUCAUUAAAUCACGCAAUUAAUUUAGAUUUUACAUACUUUAAGAUUAUUUAUUUGAUCAUUUAUUUAUGCCUUUAAAAUAUUGUAGUUAACGCCUACUGUAAAAGAGCGCAUGAAAUUUUAAAUAUACUCGCAUAUAUAUG